GCGAUUCUUAUUCCGUAAAUCUGAAAUUGUGUAUUCUAAUCCAGUUCCAGUUGAGCGAUUUCUACAUUUGAUCGUUCUCAUUUGAUUUGUGAAGUUCUUGAUGUGCGUUCUUGCUUGGACACAGACCACUUGACCCGGGCCGUAACUGGCGGUCUAAUAAGGUCUAAGGGGGAUGCCAUGUACGUACCGUGUGUGUGGAUGGUGGGAAGAGAAGUGCAUGAAGCGGGUGGAGGGUGGAGGGUGAAGGGUACAGUGGAGGAAGUGGAGAUGGAAAGCUGGGAAUGGGUGCUGGUGGAGUGGUGCUACUGGAUAUGCUUAAUUUUGAGUCUGUUUUUUGGGGGGGAUACGGUACCGCCUUGUAUAUAUCACUCUACUGAUUGAUUGAUUGAUUGAUUGAUUGAUUGAUUGAUGGGGGUGGGAAGACGAAGGAUUGUGGAGGGGAUUCGAUAGCGUGUGAUUUGAUUUGAUAUGGUAUUGGUGUUGGUGUUGUUAUUUCACUCUGUGGAGGGAGAACAAGGAAAGCAAUUGAUCGUCGAAAUUGGGAUUAGCUAGUUGUGCUACUCGUCGUCGUCUUUACCUUGCGAGGCAAGAAAAGAAGAAGCGUAUACUCCCAGAACAGCAUACAUCGAUCGCGUAGCGAGUACAGGGGAAAGAGCAAGAAGCCGGCAGCAACAAUAACCAUGAGAAAUCCACAUCACAUCUGCCAUGCCAAGCCAAGCCCUCCGGUGGCAGUGUUGGGCAGAGCAGAGCAUCACUCAAAGGAGUCUGAGAGAGACCGGCCCAAUGGGGAGCGAGAUCUGUAGGGAACACGGAGCUUCAUGCUACGUCCUGCCUAGAAGUGGAAUUGAUUCCAGAGAGGGCUGUGGGAUUUGGAAUUUGGAAUCUGAGUGUGACGGAUGGGUUGGGGUGAGGCGAAUCACAAGGCAAAUCUUGUUUGUCAAUGUACCUAUGUAAUAAGUAUGUGUGUGUGUGAGUGUGUGUGUGAGUGUGUGUGUAUGCAGGCUGUGGAUCAGAAUCAAUCGGGUCCCGGUCUUUUGUUGUGGCCAUUCAUUCAUUCAUUCAUUCAUCCAUUUGUUCGUUAGGCGGAGAAUGGGUCCUAUUAGCGUGCGAGGUCUGUUCGGAGAAUAUUCAAAUGAUGAUGUGAUGUAGCUGCUCUGGUAGAGUAGAAUGGAGUAGAGGGACAUGGAGUAGAGUAUAUAUAAUAAACUGACUUCCCCCGGCCCCCGGUCACAUUCCGCCUUAUUUUAUUUUUUGCCUUGGAAGUUGAAGUUCGCAAGUGAAGUUCGCAAACACAUCGGCUUCAGCAUCACUACCUCUCACACUCACAACCCGUGAAACAAAGCGCAUUUUUUGGAAACUUUUACAGUUUGACUCACAUACCUAGCUACCUUUUUGUCUUCUUUUUCUGUGGACUUGCUUGGUGUUUACAUCUUCAUCUUCAUCUUCAUUGACAUCUACUCGUAUCGACAUCAGAAUCUUAUCGAAUACGUUUUAUCUGACGAGGAGGAAUAGCAUUUCAACUACUCUUUUCUCUCUAUCCUUCUUCGAUCCUUCACGUGUCACAUUACGAUAACACAGGAUUCCUAUCAUCUCACACCUAUCCAUCAAUCAAUCAAUCAAUCAUCGCAAAAAAAAACAAAAAAAACACAGGAAUAAACAUCCUCACCUCAUCAACCAUGAGGACGAAUCUCUGGACAGUAGCACUGCUGCUCUUUUCCUCCACUCCCUCAUUUGCGCACCCGCAACACAUUCCUUCGGCUGAAUUGAUCACGCGCGAUGCAAAUGCGCAACCUGCAGCUAAAGCCGAAGAAUUCAUAUACUACUCGCGCGAAGAGAAACGGGGUGGCGAUUUGUUCAAACGUAAGGGCGGAGGAGGCGGUGGCGGGAAAGGCGGAGGGGGAAGUUCGAGUAGCGGCAGUAGCAGUGGUAGUAGUAGUAGUGGAGGCGGUUCUUCAAGUUCUGGUUCGUCGUCUGGGAAAGGAGGUGUCACAUCCUCUUCCUCUUCAGCGGGUGGCGCUACGAAAGCUGGCUCGGGUCCCGCGCCCGCUUAUGGUGGUGGGAGAUAUUAUGGCGGAGGAGCAACAACCCCAUAUUCAUCAGGGGCUCACUCACCUCUAGGAAUCGCGCCCGUUUUCCUCGGUGUGGGUGUCUUAUCCAUCUAUCCUGGUCUCUGGCUCUAUGGCGCCUACAGCUAUCCAUACCAUAAUCCCUAUAUCUUCCGCAACCACUCGGCUACUCGCAAUGGCACCAACACUACAUCUGACUCUGUUGUAACCCGUCAAGAAUCAGACACCACGGGUGUGGAGCAGAAAAAACCAGUCAAAUGUCUCUGUGCCGCGUAUAGCGAGUGCGGAUGCGACGAUAGCGGAAACUCGACAUUCCUGGAUCAGAUAAUCGGAGAUGGAAACUACGCCGCGUUGAACAAGACGUUGGUUAAUGUGGCGGAUGUCAAUGGUACAUCGACGAUUCUUAUCAAUGGCACGCUGCCUAAUGGAACGACUGCGAGUGGCGGGUCGGAUUCGGCGGCUGGGAGAACGAUAGUAGAGGGUUUGGGCUGGUGGGUUAUGGUUGCGACGGUUUUCGCCACUUGCUUUGCUAUCUGAGUUCCUGAAGAUUGGGGAAUCGAGGAAAAUCAGGCAUGAGUCUCUCAAGAUCACUUGGGAUUGAGGGGGGGGGGGUUUCGCAGUACACUUGCAAGUAAAGUAGCAUGGAGAAGGAAGAUGCGGGAUUUCAUUGUAUAUUUUCAACGCACGAAUAUGGGCGGUCUCAUUCUUCUUUUCUGGCGUUUGAAAAACGAUGGGAUUGGAUUGGAUUGGAUUGGAUUGGAUUGGAUUGGAUUGGGAAGACGGGUGACGGGCGAUGAAAUUAUGACACCCGAUACUGAUGUAUUACUAGUAUUUAUGAGAUAAUGGCGGUUUGGGGAUAGAUUGAUGGGAUUCGGAUGUUGAAUGGUGCAUGGUGGGUGAGUGAGUGAGUGAGUGAUGGUGGAUAUAUAAAUAAUCCACUCAAUAGAAGAUAUAAUAAUGUGAAGGUCGAGCAAAGUAAGUAAAGCAAGGAAAACAGCAAAUGCAAAGAUAGGAAAUAGUCAUCGAAUACGAAUGCA